UCUCCGGCCGCGCCCUGCUGGCCCCAGCCCUGGCCCGGCCACUUCCCGCCCUGGGCAUCAUGAGUUACUUCCUGUCUUACUGCAAAGCUCAUGGCGGCGCGCUGCUCACCGGCUAUCAGGCCCUGCGCGCCGAGGGCUUCCUGUGCGACGUGACUCUGGAGGCCGAGGGCAGCGAGUUCCCGGCGCAUAGGUCGCUCCUCGCGUGUUCCAGCGACUACUUCAGGGCCCUGUUCAAGAGCCACACCCGGGAAUCCCGGGCGCCCGUGAUCCACCUGCAUGUGCCGUCCGCGGCCGGCCUGCAGCGCCUGCUGGACUUCAUCUACACCGCCUGGCUGCCGCUCUCCAUGGACACCGUGGAGGACACGCUGGAGGCCGCCAGCUACCUUCAGGUCACCGAGGCCCUGGGGCUGUGCGGCCGCUACCUGGAGCGCCAGCUAGGCCUGGAGAACUGCUGCUUCGCCGCCAACGUGGCGGCGCGCUUCGGCCUGGUGCACACGCUGGGCGCGGCCGAGCGCUGCAUUGUGAGCCACCUGCGGGAGCUGCUGGCGCGGGGCGCGGGCCCCGCCGGGCUGCUGGAGCUCAACCCCGCGUCGCUGAGGGCCGUGCUGGGUGCCCCUGACGUGGCGCGCGUGCCCGAGGCCCGGCUGCUGGGCCUGGCCCUGGCCUGGCUGCGGCAGGAGCCCGAGGCCGAACGGCUGGCCCACUGCGCCGCGCUGCUCGAGCGCGUCCGCUUCGGCCUGGUGCCCACCGACGUGCUGCGGCGCGUGUACUCGGGCUCCGGCCUCACCCUGCCCUCCCGGGUCAAGGGCCUCAUCAUCCAGGCCCUCAACUACCACACGUCGCCCUCCCGCCAGCCGCUCAUGCAGGGCGAGCAGACCAGCGUCCGGAGCCCCCAAACCCGCAUCUUGUUGGUCGGGGGGUGCAGGGGGCGGGAGGUGGUGACCGAGGAGGUCGUGGUCCCCCGGCGGGCAGCCAGGGGGAGGGGCGCCGCGGCGGAGCCCGAGGAAGAGGAGGAGGAAGAGGAGCAGGUGGAGGAGGAGGAGGAGGAGGAGGAGGAGGAGGAGGAGUGGGAGCUUACCCAGGACGUGGUGGCCUGUGACGUGUACAACCACCGCUGGCGCAGCCUCACGCGGCUGCCCGCUCCGCUACUGGGGCACAGCGUGUGCGCCGCGGGCAACUUCCUGUUCGUCCUCGGCGGGGAGAGCCCGUCGGGCGGCGGCCCCUCCCCCACAGCCGACGGCCUGAGGGCGGUCACGGCCCAAGUGCACCGUUAUGACCCGCGCUUUCACGCUUGGACGACUGUGCCCGCUAUGCGGGAAGCGCGGUCCCAUUUCUGGUGCGGCGCCGUGGGCGAGGGGCUCCUGGCCGUCGGGGGCCUGGGCGCGGGCGGCGAAGCGCUGGCUUCAGUGGAGAUGUACGACCUGCGCCGGGACCGCUGGACGGCGGCCGGGGCGCUGCCGCGGGCCCUGCACGGCCACGCGGGGGCCGUCGGGAAGUGCGGCGUCGUGUACAUCUCCGGGGGCAAGGCGGGGAGAGGCGAGGGCGGCGCGAGCAGCCUCCGGGACGUGUUCUCCCUGGGCCCCGGGGAGCAGGCGUGGAGCAAGAGGGCGCCCAUGGGCACGGCCCGCUUCGGGCACCACAUGGCCGCACUGCGCGGCGCGGUGUUCGCCUUUCUGGGGCGCUACGAGCCCUUCUCCGAAAUCGAGCGCUACGACCCCGGCACCGACCAGUGGACUCGGCUGCGGCCGCUACCCUACGACCGCUUCUGCUAUGGGCUGGCCGUGGUGGAGGAGACGGUGCUGCUGCUGGGCGGCCUGAAGUGGCGGGACUCACGCCAGGUGCCUACCCGCAACGUGGUGGGUUAUGACCUCGACCUGGACCGCUGGGAGGACACUGGCUGCGCGCUGCCUUGGGCCUGGAGCGGCCUGCAGUGCGCAGUGCUGCAGCUGGCCGAGGGUGGGGACGAGGAGAGGGAGGGAGAGCCCGGAGAGGCGCCAGAUUUAGUGCUGGGCUUAAUGGGUUAG